AUGGACGCGUCCACGCCGUUGCUCGCGUCCGCGAGGACGAAGACGUCGCGCGACGCUCGCGCCUGGGUCGCCCUCGGCGGUGGCGUCUGCGUCGGGAUCGUGAGCGUGCUCGCGUGCGCUCGUCAGUCUUUGGGAGGAUUGGGCCGGGGACAUUGGACGCCCGCGCGUGGUCGACCGCUGAUCGCGCCGAAGCCCGCGAGGGGUGAGAUGCACGCGACGCGUACGUUUACGCUUCACACGCAGUGCAUGGACAGGGCGACCAAGCUGGGGCUCGCGGAGUUCUUUUACACCGGCGCGCCGGAGGGCUACCUCGUGCGCCACAACUACCACUCGACGUCCUUCUUCGAGUCCAAACACGCGCUGAAGAUGGAUCGCGUCAUCUUGGACAGCGAGGAACGCGCGUGGCGCGUGACGACGAACGAUGUCAACUUUGAGUACGGCUUUGCGUUCCGCAAUCCGGUGACCGGGAGGUGGAGGUACGAGGUUGGCAAGCACGACGCGCCGCUAGCCAAGGCGCCGUGCAGUCAGAGGUACGGCAAGUACUUCAACCGCGUGGUCACCCUGGACAAGGGAACAAACAUCGAGUACGUCUACGGAUCUUGCAAUACGAUGUGCCCAGAGGGCUUCGUCGAGACUCAAUGGGUCGAUCAGCCGCUCUCGGACGACGUGCCCGUGGACGAGGGCGCGGAGCCUCUCGAUUUGGGGGAAGGCGACGACGCCCGCCUCAUCACCAUUCGCACUGCUUUACCGCUCAAAUCCGAUGGACAAGGUCCUUCUGGGCGCGCCUUGGUGCAACGCGAUAAACGCUUCGCGGAAACUGAGGAUGUGUCUCGUUGGAUCAUGGCUAUUGUCGAUCCGUAUCCAUACAGCGAGAUGAAGCUUGCAAUGUUGGAGGUCGUCAAAAGCUCUGCUGGUCGCUUGUCCGUUCGUCAGAUCGACUCGAAACGCUAUAAAUUUGGUCACGAUUGCGUCAGGACAGAGUGCUCAGUCGCAAAGUACGAUGUGAGCGCCAUUUGGCACGAUCGUCCUUUGACGGCUUUCACGUAUAAAUUUUGGGCGACAAAACUGCAGUAUACCAUUGCUCGAAAAGGUGACACAAAGGUACCUUCUUUCGAGCAUGCGUUCUCGGACAGUGCGUUCAUUUCAACCACGAACGUUUGGACGAUGAAGAAGGCUGGCACGUGGGGCAUGGACGUGGACGUUCGACGCGUCGUGUUCACGUCGGCGGGCGUGUGCGGUUCCUCGUGGGAUGGACGGUGUUUACGCAUGGGUGCAGUCGAACGCGCGUAUUUCGAGCCACAUACAGCGACAGAAGCCCACUGGGUCGCGACUCUCGAUGGGGGUAACAAAGGCGCCAUGGCUAUGAUCAAGGUGUAUACUGAUGACGCCGGUAACUUGCUCGCCAAGGUGACGGCGGGUCGAGAAGGAUCGCAGUGCACAGAUCCUCCUAAGAUCGCAGGCACAAUCAAACUGACCGCAUGGCUUCGGCAGUGGGAUAAACUCCAGUGCACCAUCCCGUUGCAAACACGUUGGAGCGGCGCCAGAGUCAAGACGGUGAAGAAUAGAGCGACGGAUAGUAACGUCAUCGGCGUCGGCGCGUUGGCCUACCUCCUCGCCCCGGAGAUGACGGCGUCUCUCGCCGCCUCGUUCAACGCCCCGGCGACGUAA